CACUCUUAUUACAAAUAUGUUGAACACUUCUUCUUCUUCUCCUUUAACAUUUUUAUGUACUAUCCACCAUGUCAAAAUAUCUAUUAUAACAGAACAAAGUCAAGAACAACUUAUUGGAGAACAAUAUACUAUUGAAAUCUAUGUAUCAACUAAUGAAGCACUUUUACUACAAUGUCAUCCUUCAUUACCAAUUCCUUCACAAAUUACAAUUAAUGUUCCAUCUCAAUCAAAAGCUUGUUUAUAUCAACCACAUAUUUUGACUUUACCUCAUACUGAUAGUGGUUUAUGGUCAUUAGAUUGCAGUGAGACAAAUGAACAAGAAUUCAGUACAUUUCAAGAUAUCUUAACAUAUUUUAUCAAAUUUGAAAAUCAACAUCAAAUGCGAAACACACUUGCCAUGAUGAACCCAUCAACUUAUCAAGUAACUCAAGUCAUUGCCGAAAAUAUUUAUAUGGACCAUAAUAGCGAUCAUCAUCAUGUCAAGGAUUCUGACUUUGAUGAUCUUAUUGAUGAUGAUUUUAUUAACACGCGUGAAAAUUAUUACGGACAAAAACUCCCGGUGACUAUGGACGAAAGUGUAUUCAAGGAAGGACUUCAAUUACGAAAAGUACGAUUGAUUUAUCAAACUAGUCAUUGUAUGGAUGUUGGAUCUGACUGGUUAGCUAGACGAUUGAUCAAUGCAGGGGAUUCCAUUGCUGAUUAUAUCCAGACUGGGUGUAGAUCUAUAGAAGAAGAAAGAUGGGAUCCAUCUGUUAAUCAACAACAAUUGAUAUUAUCAAGUAAACAAAGACAUUAUUUUGAUCUUAUCUAUAAUUUAACAACGAUGACAGGCCAAUGGAUCUCUAAUCUCAUCAACUUUACAGCCAUCAAGCAAGCGAUCCCAGAAUUUCAAUUACCAGCCCCACGAACCAAAUUAGGGAGUUCGGCUCUUCAAGCAGCAACUCGAGUGAUGGAGGGAACAACAGUAGCAGCGGGUACAGUGUUGGCAGCAUCAAGACAAGGGUUAAUCCAAGUGAUUGAAAAGAAAUAUGGACCAGAUGCCGGAUACAUAGCUGAAAAACUGAUGGGAUCUGAUACUGCGAAUGAAGAUGUAUUGGUUUACUUUGAUAGCAAUGGAGUAUCUCGACAUGUGGUUUUACAACAUCCAUCAUCAUCAUCAUCAUCAUCAAAUAGAAAGAAAAAUCGACAACAAGAAAAUUCAUAUUUGGUAUAUGAAGACAAGGAUACUGGAAGAGAGGAUACUCAACGACAAUUGGUAUAUGAUAUUGAAGAAUCAGGUGAUAUCUUGGAAGAAAGGAAACCCGAAAGGCUAGUCCUGGUGUAAACAUAUUGGCUCUUUAGCUAUUUAUCGUUAUCAUUAUUAUAUAUAGAUAGAUAGAUAGAUAAUCUUUUUACAUAUACUUCCAUUACUUCCAUUCCCCUUUUCUUUUUGAUGCAACCAUUUACUACCAUCAUCAAUAAAUAAAAUUUGUAUUUUGAAUAUGAUGAAUUUAAAAAAAAAA